AUGCCAUCCGUGUUUGAAGGCCUGUUGUACGUGCUGGCACUUUACUGGGCCUAUAUAUUUUACCAACGAUGGUCUAUUCAUCGUCGGACAAAGCAGUUUGUGCUGGAACAGCGCCGUAAGGCCGGUAUUCCUGACACGGAUCAUCGCCCUAUGGCCAUUGCAGCUGCUGACGCGGCAGCACGUCGUAAGAAGGACUUUGAAAAGCAGCUGCAGGAAACGGACGAUGUAUUCGGUACGGCGCAGGUGAAGACGAGAAAGUCUGCACAAGCACCUAAGGCUGCACAGUCUGUGUUUCGACCGCGCCCUGUGCCCAUGGUGGCACAGCCUGUACGACGUGAGCCUGUGAAGGAGCUAGAAACGUUUUAUGGCCCUGCAUCCUCCAAGCGUAUGGUGCCACCGCGCUCUGCUGCCCCCACACGAAAGCGUGAGGCGGAUGAGAUCUCGGAGGCGGAUACCCACGCAGGUACUGCGUCGUCUCGUGCACGCCGUGUACGUCGAAAAGUAUCUGUGGAAGACGUGUCACGUACGCAGCAGGAGGACGAUGUGUCGAUGGACGAAGAUGAGCUCUCUACCGAUGAUGCAGAGUCGAUGGAGGAGGACGAUGUGAGUGUAGAUGAGCCGGCUAGUGCGGCCAAGAAGCGCCCUGCUGACACGUCGGAGGAUCAUGUGCCUGGUGAUGAGUGGCAAGACGCCAAUGGCUUGCGUUGGCGCAUCGGGGAGGAUGGUGUGCCGCGCCGUGCUGUUAUGGUGGUCGAAAUGAAGCCGAAGUACCAUAUGCCUCGCGAUACACAGCACCCGGAUGCGCGUGUACGCGUGCCGACCUAUGUGGAAAAGUUCUUGUCGCAUGACGAGUACGAAGACGCCAAGCGAAAGAACCAGCUGCGCUGGCAGCAUGAGUCGAAGCAAGUGCCUGGAUCGCCUGUGAGUUUUCAGAGCGAUGAUACCAUUGAAGACAGCCUCGCUAGCCUGAGAGCACGACGCCAUCGUGGCGAUCAUCACUCACGGCACUCGCGCGAUCUGCUCUUCAGCGAUGUGGCGCACAGUGGUGUGCUUUCGCGAUCUCGUGCAUCGUCAGUGAUCGGCGAUGAUUCUGUAUCGAACAUGUCUAUGAGCGAAUGGAGUGCCGACGAUAGCGCCUCCUCGCUCACCUCAUUGCAAGGCGAUGGGAAGAGUGCGUCAGGCCGCCUUCGCCUCGCGCGCUCCACGGCAUCGCCUCAUAUGCGCAGUGCAUCACCAGCACGUUCGGGGCCGUUGCUGAGUGCUAGGUAUGCGCGUCUGCAAGCUGCCUCGCCUUCUGCGUCCUCGCUCUCCCCGGCGCGAGUCGCUUUGGACCAAGCCACGAAACGGAAGCGGGAAGAACGUCUCAUGGCCAAGAUCCGCUCGCAACGUAUGGCCAGUACAACUUCUCCGUCACAGACGAAGAAAGAGGGCCCAUAA